AUGAAGGACCAAUGGGGCACACCCGAAGAUUGUCUAUCUCCUGCCGCAUCCGACGAUGAGAUCAUCACAUCUGCUCCUGCUGAGGAUGAUUCCAACACGCCCGCCCGUCCCCUUUCUAACGCUGCCGCUCCCGAGUCCGUACCCGACACUAACCCAUUUCUGCGGAAACCUUCAUUGAACUGGAGGGCUCCUUCAUUCUCUGCGUAUGCUACUCAACCAACGACUCUCCUCUCUGCGCCUACGUCUAUCCCAUUUGUGCCCACCGUGCAUGCACACACAUCCAAUUCUUCCGCAUCUACAACCCCCGCCCCCACCCCCGCUCCCGUACCAAUGCCGACAUCGGUCCCUCCACACCAUCCAGUCCCGCUACCUACAUCCACUCCGCCUGUACCCUUGCCAUUGUCGAAAUCAGUGCCGAUGCACCAGCCAAUAUCGCUACCCACGUUUACUCCGCCUGUAGAGCAACGUACACAGGAAUCAACUCCGGAAAAGCCGCAGAAAAGCAAGAAAAAAGAGAAGGAAAAGCUGAAAGACCAGAAUAAGUGGAGAGUAAAAGGGUACGUAAACGAACCGCAGCUGAGCGCUCAGAACGGAGCUACCAUGAGCGGCCUGAAGGGUGCCGGGCCAUACAACUCCCUCUACAGAGCGCAGACCGGCACUUCGGCACCUUUUGUUCCUCCUCCUGUGAAGGUGAAGAAGACCCCCAGCCAUUCCAAACAACCCGUAGCAUCGUCUUCUCGCACACAGUCGAUCAAUAUGGAUUUUGCGGAUCAGUAUGGAGCUAAUUUACCUUCGCCCUCGAGUAACAAGGCAUCAGAUCCAUCAAAACACACUCGCUCCGAAUAUGAGAGCAGAAGUUAUGAUAGCUUGACUUCUUCCGCACCCUCGCCUACGCCCAUAUCUGCCAGCACGAGAUCGCGCGCUGGAUCAGCACAUCUUCAGGGCCAGACAACUCCAACCACUUCUCAAAGCUCGUCGUCGCAGGAAUACAAACAUGAAGGAGAAUUCAAUCCUCCGCCUCCGCCUCUUCCGAAAUCAAAUCGAGGGCAGGAGCGCGAGCACAGAAACUCGAGGCAAAAAUCUGCACAUGUAGACCGUAUGGAUUUCAAGCAAGAUGACUCGACGCAGUGCUCCAUUCAAACGCCCUCUUCCUCGUUCUCCGCCUCCACGCCGACAUCGCACUAUGAGCCGCUAUCUUCACCUGCACGAGUGCCUUCGCCUUCUCGAUCUGCCCGGACACGUCACUCCACAGCAGGAACGCCUUCGGCGCCCAAGUUCCGCAUGGUUACCGUUCUCAUCGACGAUAGGCGCAGUGGGAUCGACGAGCUGGCGGAGAUCAAGGUGCCGCUGAAGCCGGCGGAUGAUGCCGAGGGCGGGUAUUGGGCGGACGCUGGGGACGUUUGUGAGAAAUUACAGACUGGGCCGUCUAGGAUUGAUGGUCCUGCCAAGGUAUAUGCGAUGCGUGGGAAAUAUCGACAGACAUUUUUGCGCAUAUCAGCAGACAACGUCGAGACCAGCCAGUCUGCAAAUUUGAGGGUCGCAAAUGAUAAGACUCUGGCAGUUUUUGUAGAGGGCGUAUGUAUUCGUAUUCGUAUCCUAGUUGUAUUCAGCACGAUUGAUCUGACCGCCGGUGGUGCACAGUUGGCAGUUCCGCAGUCUGCAGUUAGUGUGGAUAGUCGUGCACCGACAUUGCGCUCCGUGUCGAUCCCCAGCACUGAUAUUCAAAUGAGCCCUCCGUCACCGGUGUCGGUCACCCAUGGAUUCCGUCAUUCUCAUCCCCUCACACCGUUCUCGACGUCUGGCAUGAGCACCCACGGUAGUCCACGACGCAGUGAGAGCCGCACGAGCAACAAGCGCAAGCGGGCGUCUUCCAGGGAGUCUAGGGACAUUUACGAUACGCCCGCACAGUCCCCAGCUUAUCCCCCCAGUCCGCGGCCGCACCAUUCACAGAGCUCGAAGCACACUCAUCACGAGCGUUAUUCUCCUGGCGAUGAGGUGGAGGAGAUCUUUACAUCAAGCCUUCCCAAUGAUGUGCCGCCUAAAAAGCCGAAGCGGGAGCGUUCUCAUAUGUCUGUCGACCUGUCGCGAGCUGAAGAAAGCACCAGGCGCUCUCAGACCCCUCAUCAGCAGGUGGAUGGGCGCGCACAAGCGCUUGUUGAAGAGCAUGGGCACCACAGGGCUUCGUCUGUGACAGUGACACCGAACACUAGCAUGUCCCGCAUAGAGUCUGUGACACCUGCCAGCAGUCCGAAGAAAUCAAAAUCAAAGCGCAAGUCACGGUCUCGUUCUAUCACGAUAGAUGCUCCGCCGGGCUUUCCAUCGCCACCGAAUACAGACCACGUGGUAUCGGAAUACAUGCGCAAGGUUGUUGAACAACAAGAAGGAUGGGAUGAGUUCAACACCAUGAUGGAACAAAAGAUGAGUCACGCAGAGUCGAUAAAGCAGUAUUGGUUCGUGCAAAGCAUCAUGGACAAGUUCGUUGGAGGGUGGACUCCUAUGGACUUGGGCGAGUAUCAGGGGCAACAGAUCAAGCUGGAGCACGUGGCUGCUGCUAUGGACAUUUCGGUGGAAUGGUACCAGCAUUGCAGGCUGACUCUCGAACUUCUGAUCAAGUACGGUAAAGGAGGCACUCGAUACGAAGAUGAGCGGGUUAUGGCCUCUGCGGCAGACCAGACGCCCGUAGUGCCUGACGGCAGCUUUGCCAUGGAUUUGAUUGACCUCCUGUGUGCUGUUGAUACGGAAUGGAAACGGAACACCCAGUCUUCUGGCAGUUAG